AUGCAGGGUAGGAUCCGUACAAGGAGAACUGCAUCUUCAGAACCACUCCUUGUUGAUCCCGAGAUAGAGAAAACUGCCCGCAGAAACAAUAGUGCCACAAGGAGAAGACGAGCUCAAGCACAACAAGUUGCCCAUCACUCUUCUGAUUCAGACACUCUUCCGUCUACUUCUCAGAAUCUUGAUUCUUUGCCAGAAGAAGAAAUGGCUGAAAAUCCUCAUGGUGAUGGUAGGGGUCGUGAAAGACGCACUUUGGAAGAUUAUGCAGCGUUCACAGGCCAUAUCAACUUCAACAGUAUUGCUAGGCCAACCGUCAAUGCCACCAACAUGGAGAUGAAGCCAGCUCUUAUUCAUUUGGUGCAGAGUAAUCAGUUUAACGGCCUGUCUCAUGAGAAUCCUUACACUCAUCUGGCCACAUUCUUAGAGAUAUACAAUACUGUGAAGAUCCAUCAAGUUCCUGAUGAAGCCAUACGACUGAGUCUCUUUCCAUUCUCACUAGCAGGACCCGCAAAAGCCUGGUUGAAUUCCUUUCCUGAAAAUAGCCUCACUAACUGGGAUGAUGUGGUUGCAAAGUUCUUGAGCAAAUAUUUUCCCCAGUCCAAGGUUAAUAAGGGAAAGCAGGAAAUCUCGGCAUUUCAACAAGAUAUGGAUGAGUCCUUGGGCCAAGCAUGGGAUAGAUUCAAGGGACUGCUGAGGAAGACCCCCAUUCAUGGGUUUGAUCAACCUACACAGCUUACUCUUUUCUUGGCAGGUCUUAAGUCCCAGUCAAAGUUGAUGUUAGAUGCCUCUGCCGGUGGGAGUAUCAAGUGGAAGACGCCAAAGGAAGCUUAUGAGUUAAUAGAGAAUAUGGCCGCCAAUGAUAAUGAAGCUUACACUGAGAGAGCCCAUUCUCAAAAGAAGGGUAUUCUAGAGCUUCAAUCUCAAGAUGCUCUAUUGGCUCAAAACAAGAUUAUGACUCAGCAACUGGAGACCCUGAUGAAGAAAUUGUCACAACUUCCUCAAGAGCUUCAAAAUGCCUCUGUAGCUCAACUCCAACAAGUGCAAAGUUGUGAGUUAUGUGGAGGAAACCAUACUAAUGGGCAAUGUGCUAUGCCAAGCACAUCUCAAGAGGAAGUUAGUUAUAUGGGCAAUCAAGGCCGACCAGGGAAUUAUAACCAAGGAUGGAGACCUCAUCAAAACAUGGGCCAAGCUGGACCUUCCAAUAGGCCCCCACAUCAACAAACUUACCAACAUCCUUCUUUGUCUGACAGAACAUCCAAGCUUGAAGACAUGAUGCAGCAAUUCAUGCAAAUGUCAAUUCAGAAUCAGAAGAACACCGAUGCCUCAAUUAAAAACUUGGAGGUGCAAGUGGGGCAAUUGGCCAAGCAAGUGGCGAAUCAACAAAGAAGUGAUGAAGUUAAAGCCAAGCCCAACGAUAAAGGAGAAGAAAAAGAUGAGGAAGAGAUAGAUGAGGAAAUUGUUGUAGAAGAGGAAGAGAAUAAAAUUGAAAAUAGAGAAAAUGAGAAAAAGAAGGAAGUGGCAUUAAAACCACCACCAGUGAAAAUUCUCCCAUAUCCUCUCAAGCCUUCAAAGAAAGACAAAGAAAGACAAUUUGCAAGGUUUUUGGACAUUUUCAAGAGGCUUCAAAUCAAUAUUCCCUUCUCAGAAGCCUUGGAGCAAAUGCCAACCUAUGCAAAGUUUAUGAAGGAAAUCCUCACAAAGAAGAGAAGAUUUAUUGAAGAGGAAACCAUAGAACUAGAGGUUGGAUGCAGUGCUAUCAUUCAGAAGAUGUUGCCUCCAAAGUUUAAGGAUCCUGGCAGCUUUACACUUCCAGUCACAAUUGGGAGCCUAGCUGUGGGGAAGGCCUUACUUGAUUUGGGUGCUAGCAUCAACUCGAUGCCUCUUUCUAUGCUUAAGAAGAUUGGGGAGUUGGAAAUCAAGCCCACUCGAAUGACAUUGCAACUAGCGGAUAGGUCAAUCAAGUACCCUCACGGAGUAGUGGAGGAUGUGCUAGUUAAAGUUGACAAGUUCCUAUUUCCAGUGGACUUUGUUAUAAUGGAGAUGGAGGAGGAUGUUGAAGUUCCUCUCAUAUUGGGGAGGCCAUUUAUGAAGACUGCAAGAGUGCUAAUUGAUGUUGAUGAUGGCAAACUCACAGUGAGAGUUCAAGAUGAAGAAGUGAACUUCAAUGUCUUUGAAGCCAUGUCUCACCCAAAAGAUAUUGGAGGAUGCUUCAGAGUUGAUAUGCUUGAUGAAGUGCUCAUGAGCUCCAAGAAAGAUUUACAUGCCUCAUCUCCUCUAGAGAAAGCUCUACUUGAUGCCUUUGAGACUCUCAAUGAUGAGGAGGAGAAAAGAUUGAUGAGUGCUUAG